UUUACACACUUCAGUGAGCUUUCAGCGCAGCAGCCGCAGCUAAACCGCAGCUGAGCGACGAUGCUCCGUGUUCGCGUCCACCGCGGAGACAAAGACAGACACACGGACAACACGGCGAAGCUCCGCUCGGUCCACACGGACGCCGAGGCCCCGGGAAGACGCUGAAGGAACAGCCGGUGACCGUGUGCUGUGUGACGGGAAGUGGGCGAGCGGACUGUCGGGCUCUGCUGCUGUGGAGCCGGGGCUCAGCGCGCGGGCAGGGCGGGGCGAGGUGAUGUUCAGGUUCCGGUAUAAGAGCAGCGAGAAAAUGGGAACCAGACAAGACGAGGAGGCGGAUUCAUACCGGAGACGAGAAUGAGGAGUUUGCCGCUGUGGAGUGAGCGGGCGGCGGUGUAAGGCCGCAGCAGGAGGCGGGAGGAGAAGCGUGUGUGCGGCGAACCUCCACCUCUUGUCAGACAGAAACAUGAGGUCCAUCCUGAAGCUCUGCUGUCUCUUCCUGGUCACCACCGGAGGAGUGGGUCACGUCUGGGCCACCGGGAACCUGACGGUGGACAGUGGGAACCAGGCUAACACCACAACCAGGGGCGGCUACAUCAGGAUCGGGGACGGGUCCUCGCAGGAGUUUGAGUUUCCUGAAAACACCCAUGGUGUGAUUGUGAUCUCCAGCCAGUACCAGAGUGCUUCUGCCAACAGGAAGGGCCGUCAGAGCUGGAAGCAGAUGUUGACCGUCCACUCCCUGGACCCCGAGGUCCUCUCCAUCCUGAAUGUGACCGACAGAGAACACGCCGGUCCCACAAGAAGCUACAUCAUCAGCAUCCGCUCCGGGGUCCCAGGCCGCGCUCAGCUGCAGAUCCAGCUACUGGACUUGGACCAGGACUCGGUGCCGGUUCUGGUUGAAGAGAGGACAGAUUAUUCCAUUAGAGUGGCACCUGACGGCGAUGACCCGGUCACGCGGCUUGUCCAGUCCAGCGGCCUGUCCCACUUCUCGGAGAACCCGGUGCUGUUCGCGCUGCUGCCCCUCAUCUUUGUCAACAAGUGUGCCUUCGGGUGUAAAGUGGAGGCGGAGGUUCUUCGGGGCCUCCUCAGGAGCCCUGCGCCCCUGCUCCUCGGGGUUCUGGGUCAGUUCCUGGUGAUGCCGCUGUACGCGUACUGCGUGUCCCGACUGGCCUCGCUGCCUAAAGCUCUCUCCCUGGGCUUGGUCAUCACCUGUUCCGCCCCAGGCGGCGGCGGUGGCUACCUGUACAGCCUGCUGCUGGGCGGCGACGUCACCCUCGCCAUCUCCAUGACCCUGGUGUCCACGGUGGUGGCGGUAGCAGCCAUGCCGCUGUCCUCAGCCCUGUACGGCCGGUUGCUGGGGGUUCACGCCGCUCUGCACGUGCCCUUUGUGAAGAUCCUGGGCACGCUCCUCUUCAUCGCCAUCCCCAUCUCGCUGGGCAUGCUGGUCAAGCUGCGUCUGCCCGCCCUCACACGCGUCCUACUGGCGCUCAUACGACCCUUCAGCUUCGUGCUCAUCGUGGGCGGGAUCUUCAUGGCCUACCAGAUGGGCGCGUCCAUCUUGGCCAACGUCCGGCCCCAGAUUGUGGCGGUUGGUGUGACGGUGCCUUUGCUGGGCCUGGUGGUCGGCGCCAUCUUGGCCAAACUGACGGGCCUGGCCCUGCCGCAGAGUAAGACGGUUAGCAUUGAGGUGGGCGUGCAGAACAGUCUGCUGGCGCUCGCCGUCAUGCAGCUGUCGUUCCGCAGGGUGGAGGCGGACUUUGCGUCCCAGGCGCCGUUCAUCGUGGCGCUCAGCAGCACGUCGGAGAUGCUGCUCAUCGUUCUUGGAUAUUUCGCCCAGCGCAAGUUGUGCGGUUCCGCCGUCCCCAGGAGUGACGCUUGAUUGUAGCCACGUUGUUUUUGGUUUGUGGAACUCUCUCUGGAAGCACGGACUCUUUCAAACCUGUGGACGUUUGUUUUCUUUGCACCAACAAUCAUGGAUCUUUUCUUGACCUUUGUCGUAAAAACCCGACGAUGAACGGACCUUUCUGUGAUUCUUUUGUUGUCGUUUUCAUACUUUUCGUGAAAACCAAAGGCCUUUCCCCCCGAUGAGACCUUUUUGUGUUUGUUUUACACAACGUACUUUGUAAAUCAAAAUUAUACUGUGAGGUACUCGGUGUAAAUAUUGCUACGAAGAGAAAUACCUAUGAAAGAAAAGAUAUUUUUCUACCAGAUUACUUUUUGUAAUCAAGAAAAGGAAAAAAAAAUAUUUCUAUCUUCAUGUUUACAAGAGGUCCAUGUGUCUUAGCCCGGUCUGUCCGUGCAGCGGGGGGAGGGGCGUGACGCUGGGGGGGGGGCGGGGUCAAAGUGGAAUCAAAUGGGAACACGCCGAUGUUUUUAAAGUGUUUAAUACUCAAAGGGUUUCCUGGAUUUAAGAAUUUGUGAUGUACUUGAAUAUUACAGACGAUCUGAAGAAAAAGUCAAUAAAAACGUUGUUGAAGCA